UUUCACAAAAAUCUCAGUGCAGGUUCUAUUUCAGCGGAAUGACCUUAAAAUGUGAAUAAUUUCCAUUCAUAUGUUGAAGUUCAAUAGUACCCUUCGUACAAUUUGUUUCUGUCCAUUGUUUCAUGUUCACAAUGAUAUAUUACCAUAAACCACGACAAAAGGAAAAUGCCAAAUUGUGUAAGGGAAAAUGGAACCCCAACAUAUACAUCGAAGGGCGGUUUUAACUCCAGGUUUCAAAUUUCAAAAGUUGAAUUGAAUAUUUAGUUUCUGAGGCAAGCGUCCUUGGGAAAUAUUUGUAACAAGAACAAGGCAUUCUAGCUUUGUUAGCUUCAAGGAAAUUGUAUUUUCCUCUGGUGACCUGUUUCUGUUCUCAAGUGUGAUUUCGUUCACAUCCAAUCUGUGGCCUUAACGAGGUCACCAUGCGCAUAGUAAAGUUAAACCUAAAACCUGAUUUGCAGUUGAAUGUGCUGGUAGAUGAAUAUGACAUUUCUAAUGACGAGUACGUACAUAUACGAACAAGCAGAAGGCUCUGAACAGACUGCUAAACAAACUAGAGUGAAACUCAUAAUCAAAUUUGAAUUUCCAGAAUCUUCGACUGUGGCACGCUCCAAUUUUUGCGCGGUCAUAUUUCAUUACCCAUACAUAGACCCCACUCAGCGCGGGGUGAGCAAACCUGGGUUGAAUUUGGCUAACCUAAAGAAGGUCUUAUUGGCAACUAACCGAUAAAACUGCGUGAUAAUUAUUUAAAUUAAUACUUAACCACCAGUACCCACCUGUACAUAUCUACAUACAAUAACACUCACCCAGUACCUGUUGAUUUAUGUAAGCGUCCGUCUUCUAAAUGAGCAUAGUUAUAAACUCACGCAGCUUAAUUCAUCUGCUAAAUAUCACCUGUCUGCCAACUGAUGUAAAAGAGAUAUUUUAGAGAAUUCAUGAUGCCUUCGAAUAAUUUCCACGUUGGAGAUAUUCAAACCGAUAUCAACAGAGUCAAACAGGGCCAGACGUAUUUGUUUGUGGAUAAGAGUUUCCAAGAUUCCAUCAUCGAGUAUUUUCAAUUUUUGCGCAGAGAAGGAAUUCUAUGUGACGUGACGCUGAGAAUUGGAAGUCACAAAUUUUUGUGUCAUCGUAACAUCCUGGGCGUUGCGAGCCCUUAUUUUCGUUCUCUGUUCAUAGACAGUGAAAGUGGAAGGUUUAUAAAAAAUGUGGACCUACCGCAAGAUGUCGACCGUUCCAUCAUGGAGGCAUUGCUGGGAUACAUGUACGGAGGAAGAAUCUUCAUCAAUAAAGGCAACGCCAUAGAUAUUUUCAGGGGCGCCAGUUUUUUCAAACUUCAGAGUUUGAUCGAGGAAUGUUCGUACGUGUUGGUUAAAUUUUUAACGCCUGAGAAUUGUCUAGAGAUGCGAGGUAUUUCUUUGAUUCACGGACAAGAAAAGCUUCAUCAACGAUGUCAGAGGUUUGUUUGCGAGAAUUUCGUUAAAGUCGCAGAAACGACGCAGUUUUUAGAGCUUCCACCAGAAGAGAUGGAGAAGACAUUGUCAAACGAUGACAUUUGCGUCACCAGCGAACAACAGGUAUUUGAUAGCCUGGUAAGAUGGACUGAACACGACCGCAAAGAACGCGGCAUCCACUUCGCCAAAUUACUCCAAUACGUGCGACUACCACUGCUCUCCACCAACGUGUUAAUGGAUCAUGUCGAGCCCCAGCAACUGGUACAGCGCUCACCAACAGCUAAAGAAAUGGUUUUGGAAGCGUUAAGAUUCAACUCGGGGCACGACAACAGACUAAAUACCAUGAAUAAUCCGAGGACUUUACCCAGAACUUGUUCCACUCUGGUGGAUGUGAUUUUGUUUGUUGGAGGUAAGGGGCGGCACUUGGAGGAAAGUCGCAUGACGUUCUGUUACGAGCCUGAGGAUGAUCAAUGGUUUUCUUUAGCUGCGUUAAAAACACCACUGUACGAUCACGCAGUAGAAACAUUUGAUGGAUUUGUGUACGCAAUUGCUGGGUCCGUGGAGGGUAAGGCUUCGCUGCUGCUUCAGGAUAAGGUGCAAUGUUACAAUCCGCACCUGAAUCAUUGGGAUUUCGUGGGUGCUAUGCAAGAAGCAAGAGCCAAGGCUGCUGCGGCAGAACACGAGGGAUUACUGUAUGUCACAGGAGGCAUCACAAAUGGUCCCCAGGGCAACACAUUUGAAGUGUACAAUCCAAUCAACGACAAAUGGAAAUUUCUCUCCCCUCCCACGAUCCCGCGAAGUUGUCACGCAAUGGUUGCCACGGAAACGCACAUUUACGUCAUCGGCGGCGAGGGCCAAGGAAUCGAGCCCGAGAUCAGCAUGGAGCGAUACGAUCCAGCGGUUAACCUCUGGAGCUUUGUGCUGCCGAUGAAUUGUGGAAAGGUUGGCGCAUGCGUGGUGCAACUGGAGGGAAAAAUUUAUGUAAUGGGCGGGAACAACGGAUACACCACGCUACGACAGUGUGAAGUUUACGAUGUGGAGACACACCAGUGGAGCAUGGCUAAAGACAUGACAGAGUUCCGUCAAGACGCCGAAGCUGUGAUUUUAAACAAGAAGAUCUACGUUAUCGGUGGCCGAGACUUUAAAGGCGAGAGAGCGAUAAAUUCCAUAGAAUGUUUUGAUAUAUCAGAGGGAGAAUGGAGCCGACUGACGUCAGUUCCAAUCCCGAGAGAGGGCUUCCGUUGUGUGACGUGCAGAGUGAGUCGUGAUCGUCUCACUCCAAUGAAACUUAAGUGACUUGCUGAGUUAACAACUAUACCAAAAACUUCACCUCGAUCACCAAAACCUGACAAAACGCGUUGUAGGGUCUCAAGGGGGUUACCGUAACCGGAAACUAUUGUUUGUAGCAGAGUUCCUCUGCCAUUGUGAUUUGUUUCCAGGGUUGGUACGAAAAGCUUGUUUCCUAAAAAUUGUUUCUCAAAGUUUGACAUCCUUAAAAGCAUUGCAAGUCCGAAAACGUAAUUAUAUCUUAGUCAAAUUGGUCGACACCUUUAGCUGUGAGCAGGGAAAAACUUAAGGAAUAAGCCCUGCAGCUGUUAUAAUUCUAAAUGUUUUCUUCAAUUUUCUGCGUACAGUAUUUUUGAUGGAAAAGUUUCAUGGACUUCAAAGAAUUUCAUUUCAGUCAAGUUCACUUACUUAAUUACAACAGGUUGAGUAGCAGUUCCUACCUAUCAUUAAAGCUAUAUUUUCGCUCAUAGCUCCUGAAAGUUAAAAAUCUAUAAAUAGACUCGUGCACGAAUGGCAAAAAAGCUGAAAGAUUAUAAAUAACAACAUGUUCACAAACUCGUAUAUAUAGAAUUCUUUGUUAUUGCUAAAAGUUGAACUGAUCUAGUGCGAAGCCCAUCCUCGUUCAUGUAAUUGCCCGAAAGAUGCUUUAAAUAAAUCACAAUAAAUUACAAUAUUCAGAGAGG